AUUUCUUCUUCUUUUUUCUCUUCCAGGGAAUUUAAGGUGACAUUUUAGUUUCAUAACAGGAGAUAAAUUUGGUGAAGAAAUACAGACCACCAUAAGGCCAUAUGGUUGAACUUUCUAGCCAAAAAAAAGAGAGAUUUUAAUGAAGUUAAUUGUAGUGUACCCCCAUUACUGUUCUAACUACUAUAAUAAUACUCUUGUAUCCAGGGCUUUUUUUCUCAUAGAACGCCCAGAACGGAGUUCCGGCACCUUUUUUGGAUGAAACCUUGUAGGGUAGGCAAGGCAGGUUGUAUGAUGUGUGUGAGUUCUGGCACCUUUUUUUUUUUAUAGAAAAAAAAGCACUGCUUGUAUCAUAGGAUUACUGUCACCUGCUGACUGAAAGAUAGAGCUACCACAUGUUAGCUGCAAACAUCUGGAGGACCACUAAAUGGCAGCAAAGAGACAGCAAUUUGAACCGGUUGCUCCCAUCUAGUGGUCAGCUGGAUUUUUACAAAGCAAAUUUAAGAUGGCUUCCAGUUUUGCUCUACUUAGUUCCUAAAACCUAAGCUAGCCAAGCUAAUAGGGAAGAAUUUGAUUAUGCUAGGAAAAAAAAAACAGUUGGUGCAGGAAGAGAAAGUAUAAUUAGAUGACGUUGGUGGACUUUGUACUAUAUGUAGAAUAAGUUUAGUCCAGAUAAGAUUGGAAGAAUUCUUAUAAGAAAUACUGCCAUUCAUUAGUCAGCUCUCAACAAUAUUGAAUUAGAUGGACAACUUAUUUCUGUAAGAGGAAAAAGAUUUCUACUUCUAGGGUGGAAGAAGGCCACAUGUGGCUCCUGAGGCCUCUUUUUUGGAGGGGCUUGUAGAGCCAUCCUAACAAGCUGCCACAUUUCAGUUGCUUGCUGAAAACUGGAAGUGCAAUUUCUUGCCAUUUGAAGUUGAAAAAAGUUGUGCCACUAUUAGACUUGCCACAUUUUAAAAGAAAAAAAGCUCUCACAAAAUCUGGAAAAGUUUCUGGAUGUCUGAUAUGGACCUGCCAGAUGGACUUCAUCAUAUUGCUUUGCCUAUUGCAGCCUCACUCCCAAGUUAUUCAGUUUCUAAUUUUCAAAAGUUUUCAUGCCCCGGUCUAAGUAGUGUUAUAGCUAGGAAUAGACAGAUCUUAACAGCUGCAUAUAGGACUCAAACAAAACUGACAGGUAACUUUUCAAAUGUAGGUGUAAAGACAUGGAGCAGGGAAAAAGUUGAGUCUGGACUGGCCAAGCUCUAAGAUAUUACGAGACAAUAUUUGGCCUAGUUGAAAUGCUAACUGUGGACCAGGAAGACCUAAAUAAAAUUCAUGGUUUUCCAUGGAAGUCUCUGAAUGGCAUUGAUUUAUUUCCUGGGGAUCCUACCUUGCUUUUGUGCAUAUUUUUAAGCAUCAUUCUAUUGAUCUUAGAGUGUAUAAUAAUAACAAAUAUUCUCAUUUCACUAGGUUAAUAUAAAAUGAAAUGCUGAAAUGGGAGCAAUCUUGAUGGCAAAGAAAAGCAAAUUAUACAAGUGGCAAGAUUUUGAAAAGUAGAUCGUUACAGCUAUAAUGGAUGAUUUAAACCUGCACUACAGAUUUUUAAACUGGAGGAGGAGGAUCCGGGAGAUUCGAGAAGUGCGAGCCAUUCGUUACCAAGAGAGGUUCAAGCAUAUCCUUGUUGAUGGAGACACAUUAAGUUACCAUGGAAACUCUGGAGAAGUUGGUUGUUACGUUGCUCCUCGUCCGUUGACCAAAGACAACAAUUAUUUUGAGGUAUCAAUUGUGGACAGUGGUGUGCGUGGGACCAUUGCAGUAGGGCUGGUGCCUCAGUAUUACAGUUUGGACCAUCAGCCUGGAUGGCUACCGCAUUCAGUUGCCUAUCAUGCUGAUGAUGGCAAACUUUACAAUGGUCGAGCCAAGGGACGUCAAUUUGGGACAAAAUGCAAUUCUGGGGACCGGAUAGGCUGUGGGAUUGAGCCAGUGUCCUUUGAAGUCCAGACAGCACAGAUAUUCUUCACCAAAAAUGGAAAAAGGGUGGGCUCAACAAUAAUGCCACUCUCACCAGAAGGUCUCUUCCCAGCCGUAGGGAUGCAUUCACUGGGUGAAGAAGUCCGGCUCCAUCUCCAUGCAGAGCUGGGCAGUGAAGAAGAAGAUGACAGCAUUAUGAUGGUGGAUAGCUAUGAGGAUGAAUGGGGACGACUGCAUGACGUGAAAGUCUGCGGCACACUCUUGGAAUAUAUAGGGAAAGGGAAGAGCAUCAUUGACGUGGGUCUUGCACAAGCUCGGCAGCCUUUGAGUACCAGGAGUCACUACUUUGAGGUGGAGAUUGUGGAUCCAGGAGAGAAGUGCUAUAUCGCUCUGGGCCUUGCCCGCAAGGAUUACCCCAAAAACCGGCAUCCUGGCUGGAGCAGAGGAUCUGUAGCCUACCACGCAGAUGAUGGCAAAAUCUUCCAUGGAAGUGGAGUGGGGGAUCCCUUUGGCCCCCGUUGCUAUAAAGGAGAUAUUAUGGGUUGUGGAAUCAUGUUUCCACGUGACUACAUCCUUGAUAGCGAGGGUGACAGUGAUGACAGCUGUGAUACGGUGGCUAUCCGAGCCAAACCACGGGGAGUGAGGAACGUCUUAUAUCUGCAUCAGGAGGCAGAUGAGGAUGAGGAUGAAGAAGAAGAUGGGGAAGACGUGGAACUGGAACACGAGGGCAAGAAAGUAGUGGUGUUCUUCACCCGCAACGGAAAGAUUAUUGGCAAGAAAGAUGCGGUGGUGCCAUCAGGGGGCUUUUACCCCACCAUUGGGAUGCUGAGCAGCGGGGAGAAGGUCAAGGUGGAUCUACAUCCACUCAGCGGCUAAAGAUCAAGGGCUGGAGAAUACAUCUCUUCUGCCACUCCGAAGGCUGCCGGAUAGCCCCGGCCAUUCUCUUUUGCAACUUUGGCCAUUGCUUCCAGGGGUGAUCUUCUUGACGUGGGGUUAUAUAGAGAUAUUUGUCUAUCUAAUAACAUCUGAGCCACACUUCUUGUCUCUUUCCUGUCUGCUUGAUUGCAACUGUUUUAAUACUGGAAAACUCUUGAGGCUCUUAUUUCCAGGCGGGUCAGGGAUUCGUUCCUGGAACACAGUCCCUAUCUCUUUUCUGCUCAUAAUGUUCCAUUAAUUACUGUUUCUGAGGGCAGGACAGCUUUCGAGUUUGACAUGGUUGACAAAAGAGACCGGAAUAUGGCCUAGCCUUAUUCAACUCUGGGGUGUCCACGAUCCUGUUUUUCUAAGGGGAUUAUUGAAUUGCAGAUGGAACAGAUCAGCUCCUCUUGCCCAGUGAUAGGAACCAUUUGCAUUAUUAUAUCUGGUACACUGGACGCCUCAUUCUCCAGUGAGAGCCAGUUUCAAAAGUCUGAUCCGAUGUAUUUUUCUCCUGAGCCCAUCAGUGCAGAAAAACCCUAUGUCAUUUUUUUU